GAAGAGAAAGUGAAACUAAGGUAAACAACUUGCAGCAGGCAGUUUAGUCAGGAUAGUGGGGCAGAAAGACGUGCUCAUGGAAAGUUGUCUUUUUACUUUAGGAUUGUAGUUAAAAUGGAUGAAUUCCAGCAUUCAUUGUAUUUUGAGGCCAAAGAUCUGACAGACAGAGAGAAGGAGAAGAUCAGGAGAUAUUUCCAGAAGAGAAGAGAGUCUGGGGGAGGUGAAUGUGGAAAUAUUGAAAAUGUCAGAAGUAACAUCUACAAAAUCAGUUUCAAGGAAAAAGAAGAUCAGGAAAGGGUUUUGCAGAGAAAGUUUCAUGUCGUAUCUCUUCCUGACGGAGAGCAACAUCUGACAGUAAGCCGGACCAGUUCACCACAGGCCCCUGAUCAGCCUUCGACCAGCCAGUCUCAGACAAGUACAAAAGUGAGCACGAAAGGUCUUGAGAAGAUUUUCAACAUAGACAUUUUCCUCCUGUUUUACCUGAGAGACAACCCUAAAGCAUCCAAACUACUAACCAAACAACUCUCUUCAAUCGGCUGCACGGUGAAGCUAGAUUUCGAUGAGGAGGAGGCAGUGGUGAUGGGGGAUAUUGAGAAGGGACCUGGAGGGGCUUUUGGUGGUGCUGCAGAGAAAUGGGAGCUGCAAGUUGAUCAGGUCUUUAUGGGUCUCAUUGAAAGCUACCUCUGCUAUCAUGUGUUGGAUCCAAAACAAGUCAAAAUGCUGCUGCAUGAUCCCUUCUUUGCGACUGAUGAUGUAAAAGUGUACAAGGAGAGUGGUUACGCCGUGGUUGUGGGAGAAGUUGAUGUUGUGAAGGAGAAGAUCGCAGCUCUGGAAAAAAGCCUGCCGAUCCAGAAGAACCUGCCAGUUGUGGAGAAGCAGUUCAAACUGGUAGAAGAAGAGUUCAGUCGUGAAAUGCGUGCACAUUUUCCAGAGGUGACAAUCUUCAGACAAAGUGGGAUGAUCACUUUGGAAGGCCUUGACAAGGAGGUGCAGUCAGCAGCUGCAAAACUUGAUGAACUGAUCAAGAAGAUAAAAGAAAAGAGAGUUCAGGUCUCUACAGCUUUAAUGACAUUCCUAACAUCCAGCGGUGCCAUCUCCAAGUACCAGACCCGCUUCCAGCAGAGCCUCAGAAACCCUGUUUCCCUAGACGUGGGGUCCGAUCUGGUUCUGUCCAGUUUGUCCUGUGAUGCCCUGGAAGAGGCUGCAGCAGCUGUGUUAAGAGAUGUGAAUGUGGCCACUGUAGAGCUGCAGGGUGCUGCAGCUGUAGCUCCAGAUCUGGACAGACUCAAAGAAAUCCUGAUCAAAGCUAAGAAUGAUGCAAACCUCAGCGAGCUCAAAGUGGAUGUCAGCUUCAUUCCAGGACCCAGUGGAACCACUAAAGUACAACUGGUGGGCUACAGUGACAUUGUGAACGCGCUCAAAGAGGUUCUUUGUGACUACCAUAUGAAUCAGGUAGUGACUCAGGAAGUGCUGAACCUGUCAAAUCCUGAGCUGGUUGACUGUUUUGAUAAAAUCUUAGCCUUGAUUAGCAUGAAGCAGACAAAAGUGACCUUAAAAGCCUCACAUUUUCCAAAUCCUUGUGUGCUCUUGUCUGGUCCCCGUUGUCAUGUUCAGGAGGCCAAGCAGGCUCUAAUGGCUGCACUAGCCACUCUGACAUCCAAUACUUUAGUUCUAGAUGGACCGGGGGCUCAGCGAUAUUUCCAAACAGGUGGUAAAGUGAGCAAGGAACUAGUAGAAACCUCCUGUCAGGUCGUCAUCAGGGAACAGCAAGGUGUUCACUCACCAAAUGUGCAAACCAGACAGGGAAGCAUCGGCAGCCCAAGCAGCAUCACGCCUUCCACAAGCCUCUCCAAUACUGCUGGCACACCUGUGGUCAACAAAACAAACUUAAAGGUCACAAUUGGAAACUUAGAAGAUGAGCAGGUGAAUGUGUUGGUGGUGCCCAUGAUUGGCAAGCAGCUGAACUCUACAAAAAUGGGUUCAUCUCUGUUGAAUAAAGCUGGGAGCACACUCAAGGCAAAGUUUGACUCGGCAGCAGCAAACUGUGCCGUCGCCCCCGGUGACGUUCUGCAGGUUGACGGGCCUCCGUCUCUCGGCUGCUCCAAGAUCUUCUUCGCCGAAUGUUUGCCUUGGGAUGGAGUCCGUGGAACGAGCCUGCAGGCUCUCAAUAAUGGCCUGAAGAAGUGUUUGGACAUCUGUGUUCAGAAGUGCUUUAGUUCUAUGGCCUUCCCAGUCAUCGGACCUGGAAUUGUGUUAAAAUUCCCAUUGAGAGAAGCUGUUCAGGUGCUGACCGAGAACAUUCGGCAGUUUGGACUAUCUGCAUCCUCUGGGUCUCUCUCCAACAUCCACGUUGUCAUUAAACCCGGCUAUCCUGACUCAGAGGAGUGCUACCAUGAGGUCUUCAAACGUCUCAGCUCAAGUAUGAAUCAGGGAGGCCGAGCGAUCUUCAGGUCCCUCACCAGUGACCUCGAUGACAUCACCAUGACACUGAUGGGCGGAGUUAAGCUACAGGUGGUGUUUGGCGACAUCACUAAUGAGACUACAGAUGUUGUGGUGAACACGACCGACUUCAAAACUUUUGACCGGGAUGGCGUCUGUAAAGACAUUUUAACCGUAGCUGGACCAGUGGUGGAGGCUAAGCUGAGGGCAGCAAAUGUGAGCCGAGGAGAAGUUUUUGUUUCUGGGCCUGGACAGUUUCCCUGCAAAGAUAUUUUCCAUGUGUGCGGACAACAGGAUGCAGGACUUAUUGAAGAACUUGUCGGGAGCAUCAUUUACUAUUGUGAAACAUGUGGAUACAAGUCUGUUGCAAUUCCUGCCAUCUGUGCUGGGGCUGGAAAGUUGGACCCUGGAGUUGUGGCGGAUGCCAUCCUCCGAGGGAUCAAGGUUGAGAUGUCCUCUGGUUCUAUUCAAAGCCUUACCAACAUCCGCCUCAUCCUGAUUAAGAUCAAUGUCUACUUGGCGUUUAAAGAGGAAGUAAUGCAAACGUUCUCUGCUGUUGUUAUGCAAAAAGCACUAUUGCCUCAGUUGCCUCAAGUACAGCAACAACAGCCACCACCCCCUGUGACAGCAGACCUGAACAUGCUCCAUACCAGCUCUGCAAGUCAGCAGUCUGUCUUCCUGUUCCUGGGUCUUAGCAGAAAAGAUGUUGAUGAUGCCAUGGAAAAGCUGAAGAACCUUUACCAGGCGCAGUGCUCCAUUCAUACAAUCAGAAGGGAGGAGCUGACUAACCUCACCCAUGACGACAUGCAGUAUCUGAUGCACAUGGUAGAGACUGAGGGUCUGUACGUGAAAAAGGAUGCAUCUGGCAGUUUAACAGUGAGCGGGCUGAAAGAUGGGGUCAACCAGGCAAGGCAGAUUGUUAAUGAGGCUGUGCACAGCAACCUCAGGAAAGAGGUGAGAGUCAGGGAGGAGGAGGAUUUGUACAGCCGUGUCACUUGGUGCAUGCAGGGACAUAAUGGCAACUGGGAAAGACUCCCCAAAACGGCCAAUCACCACCUGGAAAAUAAGGAUGUACUGACAGGAAUAGUGGACGCACAGGGAAUUACGUGGAAGGUGGAUCUACAGAAAAUGGAGGCCUCAACGUCAAUAGUUGGACUGAAGAGGAAGCUGAAAAGACUGGAGAAUGUGGAAGACUUUGCUCUUCCCCUGUACUGGGACAGCAUGACUGCUAAUGAGGGUACAAAAGUGGUCACACUGGAGCCUUCCACUACAGAGUACCGGACAGUAAAGGAGGCCUUCAAAAGAACUGUCCCCAAAGCUGUCCUGAAGAUCCAGCGUUUGCAGAACGUACAUUUGCGUCGCACUUAUGAAGCACAGAAGAAGCAUAUUUCUGAUAAGAACAGACAGCGGGGCGGAGCAAGGGAAAUGCAUCUGUACCACGGGACCACCAAGGACAACUGCGACUCUAUCAUGAAGACUGGGUUCAACAGGCGGUUUGCUGGACAAAAUGCAACUGCAUAUGGUUGCGGAACCUACUUUGCCUUAAAUGCCAGUUACUCAGCUGACCCCAGAUACUCCAGGCCAGCUGAUGAUGGUUCUCAGUUAAUGUUCGUGGCUCGAGUCCUGACUGGCUUCUACACUCAGGGCCACAACACCAUGAGGGUGCCUCCACAGGUCGAAGGCAGCCAGGAGGAUCAUGACCGCUACGACAGUGUGGUGGAUAGAAUAGAAUACCCAUCCAUGUAUGUUGUGUUCCACGAUAACCAAGCCUACCCAGACUACCUUAUCACCUUCCAGUGACAGGGAGGGGAAGAUGAUAGAAAAAAAUGCACCAAGCAAAUCUGUCAGAAAUACAGGAAAUCUACUGAUAAUGUUUUGAUUCUCAGUUGUUUACUUAAAACGAAAUUAUAUAUAGAUAUUUACAUGUAUGAUGCAGGAUUUUUAGGGAUGAAAUUAACUUGAAAUGAGAACGGUAUGACAAUGAAAACAAUCUGUGUCGUGUUCUUAUAAAGAAUCUGAGAAUUAUAUCCCAGAUUAAUUCAAUCAAGGAAGUUUUAUGCACAAAUUUAACUUUAGCUGCUUGAGUAGCUGCUGGGUGAUCCCUCGAGGGAUGAGGACUUUCACUGAUGCACUUUGUCUCUGACUUUUUUUGACACUUCCUUGUUAAUAAGUGAUGAAUGAUAUGGGGUUUGGUUGGAAAGCCAUGAGCAAAUCUACGCAUUAAUAAAGUUUCUGAAAUCA